GGCGGCGGCGGCUCCGGUGGGGCGGGGAAGGGAAGGGGAAGGGACGGGGACAGGGGCGGGGGAGGACCGGCACGGGAAGGGAAGGGUCGGGCUGGGCCGGUGGGGUCGGAGGAGCGGCCAGCAUGGAGCACCACCAGCCCGCCAGCCGAUACCAAGUGCUUCACAAUGAGGAUGACCCACCAGAGUCUUCAGCAGCUGAGCAGUCUUCCACUUCUACGGAGACUACACAGACUCCUCAGACAGCAGCCGUAUCUGAAGCAGAUACUUCCCCCCCACCUUACUGUAGCAUAGCUGUAGAAGCAGCUGCAACCUCAGAAACACACAAUGAGUUUUAUCCUGUACCACCUCCAUACAGUGUAGCUACCUCCCUUCCUACAUAUGAUGAAGCAGAGAAGGCCAAAGCUGCAGCAAUGGCAGCUGCUGCAGCAGAAGUUGCCCAACGACACGCCCAGUUUAGGGAGUCUAGGAGUCUGUUUGAUGAAAUAUUCCUCAGUCGUCCCGAGGAAGAAGAGUAUCCACCACGAGAUGAUUUCAGUGAUGCAGAUCAGCUUAGAGUGGGCAAUGAUGGCAUCUUCAUGUUGGCAUUUUUCAUGGCAUUUAUUUUCAACUGGAUUGGAUUUUGUUUAUCCUUCUGUAUAACAAAUACCAUAGCUGGAAGGUAUGGUGCAAUCUGUGGAUUCGGUCUCUCCCUGAUCAAAUGGAUUCUCAUUGUACGGUUUUCAGAUUACUUUACUGGAUAUUUCAAUGGACAGUACUGGCUUUGGUGGAUAUUCCUUGUACUUGGACUUCUCCUGUUCUUUCGAGGCUUUGUCAAUUAUCUUAAAGUUAGAAAUAUGUCUGAAAGCAUGGCAGCUGCUCACAGAACAAGAUUUUUUUUCUUGUACUAAAGACUGCAUCGAACAGACAUUCCUUUCCUAUACCAGUGUGAGAUUUCCAGAUGAUCUGUAACCCUCCAAGUUAAUAGGAUAGAAGACUACUAAAAACAGAAGACAAAUUAGUGAAGAUACAGCUUCAAAAAUGAAUGACAGGAUGGCUUAUGCUCAAGUGCCCACUGUGGUCAUUCUAGUAAAUAUUUAUAAUUGCUGCCUUUUAUUUCAGCACAUUUGCAUAUGUGCUUAUUAAAAAGAUAGUGCUGAAGUAAGAACAAACCAUCUGUUAGUAUAGAUUAGGUACAGUCAGAUUUGGUUAAUCUGUGAUUGUUGUAUCUGACAGAUGUAAGUGGUAACUUGUUUCACAGCACGUGUGUACCACUGACUUGUUGACCUGAAGUUUGAGUAAAAUGAAAUGCAUUAAAUGAUUCAGAUUAACCAGUUCAGGCAGUUUUUUCUAUAUUUUAGAUUCAUCUAAUUAUAUAAUUAUGUAGAACUUUUUUGUUAAGUUUACUAAAACCCAGUGUUCCUUGGUGUCACAAAUUUGUACUCAUCAAUAUUUUAUCAAAUUCAAGCCAGUAUACUGUUUUACUUAAAGCUGAUGCUCCAUGUUGAGUCCCCUGUAAAUAAUUCUGCAUAAAUUACUGUUUGAGUUGCUUCUUAGGAAUUACAGCAAAAUAUAUUUUGCAACAGCAUGUUCUCCAAAUUAUGUUUAAUCUUCAUGUGACUACAUAUUUUCUUGUUAAUUUGGCCAUUAAGGGUAUAAUUACUGUUAGAUGUAAUUUUGGAGGUAAAAGCAUUGAAUAGUUUGUCUUGUCACAACUUUCCUCACAUGGAUUUUUAUUAUCUGUUUUGGGCUUGAUCCUGAAAGCCCUUAUUUUUAUGCACGAUCCUAUUAAAAGAUGGAGUUCAUGUUAGCAGGGAUGGACAGCCUUGCAUCUGUAGCCCUUGGUUAUGCAGUUAGAUCCUUGUGUGUGCACCUUUGUUCCUGAAACAGAGUAUUGCAAAUGUAUCCCCUGACUUAUAACAGUGGCUCUGUUUAAGAAGUCUCCAGUUUAAUAUAAACUCAACACCCACUCUUAGGGUAUAAUGAAAAAAAAAAAGCUGUCUUAGAAUGCUUGUUUAGAAUAAAUACUCUAUCUCGUAAGAAUAAACUAAUUUAAGCUAAACCUUGGAAAUAGCCUAUGAAGGAAAUCUUACUUUUAAAGCUCUGAAAUUGGAAAAAGUGUGUUGCACUUCUCUCAGUAUUCAUUUAAGUUAUACCAUUACUUUCCUAUAAAUAUCAUCUCUUUUAAGGGGUACUCUCUUGUGUUCAUGCACAUUUGAUUUCCUUUAAUGUUUAAUGGUUUAUGUGUCUACCUAAGUAGGAGAACACAUCUCUCAGUCCUUUGUACAACUGGAAUCUCAGUUGCAAAAUACAUUGGUUGCACCUUUGGGGAAAAAUUACAAAUACUUUCCUCCAUUUUUUCUUUUUGUAUUAGAAUUUUGCCUUUUAUUACUAACAUUAAGAAUGAGGUUUAUGUUGUUUUAAGCUAGUGCUGUAUUCAAUUUUGUAUCUAUAAUGAAUGUUAAAAAUGCAUAUGUAAACUGGUUACAUUAUUCAUUUUCUUAAACUUUCAGAGGUACUGAAAGUGACUAAAACUUUAGGGGCACCUUCACUUCCCAGCUUUUUAUGGAAAAUAAAAUUGUGUUAUCUUCAAUAUCUGAUUGGAAGUUCCUUCUAAACUUAGCUGUUUGUUUCUGUGUUCUUUUGCAUUCAUUGUCCUUAUGAAAAAGAAAUGGAGAUAAUAAAACAUUGCUUUGUUUUGCUAA